ACAGGCUGCCAAAAUAUAUAUUGAGGAGUCAAAGUCUUGGCAGUUAUCAUACCCUCCAGAUUAGAGCUACAGCCCAGGAUAACAAAAAAAAUCAUUGACCAGGAUAAUUUUUUUUAAAACCUGUUUUGAUGUAAACCCGUCAUUUACAAAAGUAGCAAUGGGUUUUAAUGACCUCCUACAAACUGUUGGAGGAUGGGGUCGUUUCCAGGUGCUCAAUACAGCUAUGUUGCUCUUUCCUAUGAUAUUAAUGGCUUCACAUAAUUUCCUACAGAAUUUUACAGCAGCAGUACCUCCACACCGCUGUCGUAUUCCAAAGUUAGACAAUGAUUCUGUUUCUUUUAAUCUUAGCAAUAUUGCAACAUUUAUACCAGUGGAUGACAACCUGAAGAGCAAAAGUUGUAUAAGGUUCAGAAAUGCAGAGCUUGGCCUCUGGAAUAAUGUCACUUCAACAAACAACACUGAAUCCUGUAAGGAUGGCUGGGUCUAUGACAGGAGCAUCUUCAUCUCCACGAUCGUCACAGAGUGGGAUUUGGUCUGUGACCUGCGUAAAAUGAGACAGGUAGCUCAAUCAAUAUAUAUGGCAGGAGUAUUGGUUGGAGCCUUCGUACUUGGAAAUUUAUCUGACAGGUUUGGUAGAAAAGCCAUUCUGACCGGCUCUUAUUUCGUGAUGGCAAUGUCUGGCACAUGUGUGGCUUUCCUCCCCAACUUUGUCGCUUAUUGCAUUUUCCGCUGUCUUUGUGGGAUGGCUUUCUCUGGAAUUGUUCUGAACACCAUCUCGCUUUGCCUAGAAUGGACCCCAUCAAAAGGGCGGACUGUGAUUGGCACACUAUUUGCCUACAGUUUUACAUGUGGACAGCUUCUACUUGCAGGCCUUGCUUACGAGAUUCGAGAAUGGCGCUGGCUGCAGUUCACUAUUUCUGCACCAUACUAUGUCUUUUUCCUGACCUCAUGGUUUGUGCCAGAAUCGGCUCGUUGGCUUAUUGUGAAAGGCCACCCAUCUCAUGCUCUUAGAAAUCUUCAAAAAGUAGCCUGGAUAAAUGGGAAAAAAGAAGAGGGGGAAAAACUCACAGAGAAGGCCUUAAUCGCUCACAUGCAAUCUGAGUUAUCUAGUAUAAAGCAAUCUCAUUCCCUUCUGGAUCUUUUCCGCACUCCUGGAAUGCGCCAGAUCACAAUCUUUCUCAUGCUGGUUUGGUUCUCCACUAGUUUUGCAUUUUAUGGCCUUGGUAUGGACCUGCAGAAUUUUGGAAUCAGCAUUUUCUUGCUGCAGCUUGUUUUUGGAAGCAUUGAUUUACCAGCUAAACUGGGAGGAGCCAUUCUGAUGAGCUGUAUAGGGCGCAGAGUGACACAGUCAGGGUCCCUAAUUCUCGCUGGAGUUGCCUUGCUUUGUAAUGCUUUUCUACCUCAAGAUCUGAGAAUUGUGCGAGUAGUAUUGGCUGUUUUCGGUAAAGGCUUUCUGGCCUCUUCAUUUUGCUGUGCUUACCUGUAUUCCAGUGAGCUAUUCCCAACUGUUAUCAGACAGAGUGGAAUGGGGGUUGUUGCUAUGACAGCCCGCAUGGGCUCCAUGGUUGCUCCAUUGGUUUUGAUGUUAUCAGAGAUUUCUCCUAUCUUUCCUCCAGCGACAUAUGGAGUGGCAGCAAUAAUAUCUGGGAUUGUAGCCGUGUUUUUGAGUGAAACUUGUAAUCUGCAGUUGCCAGAUACAAUAGAAGAAGUUGAAGCCAGAUCUAAAGGUAAAGCUAUACACAGGAUCGUCCCAAAGGAGGAAGUCCCCCUUACACAGAGCCAACCUCAAGCUCAGCCUUCAAAAAGACUCUUAGUGGAAACAGUGUAAUCAGCCUCAUGGAAACAUGUUUGGUUGAUGCUUUGACAGUUUGACUAUGGUAGCAGAAAUCGUGCGAAAAUUUCAAUCUAGACACCAAGACCAUUUUUUCAAUGCCUAUGUGUUUAGGAAAAGCAAUACAAUCUUAAAUAUGUUUGUAUAAAUUAACAUGACAAAUGAGAAAUUCCUUGUAAUGAUACAAAUCACAUUGUGUGUAUAAGGUAUUCUGUGACGUUUGACCAGAUACAAGCAUUUUAUGUUCAUAAGUUUUGAAAACAGAACCUUAACCACCUCAAUACAGUUCACAUUCAACCCCUU